GGAGUGUUGCAGUGUCUCGAGCACAUGAUUGGGGCGGUGAGGAGCAAAGUGGCAGAGAUUCACAGCCACUUUUCUCACAAGCCCAUCAUCCUGAUCGGGUGGAACACGGGUGCCUUGGUGGCCUGUCACGUUUCAGUGAUGGAGUAUGUCACUGCCGUUGUGUGCCUUGGAUUCCCGCUUCUCACCGUUGAUGGCCCCAGAGGGGAUGUGGAUGACCCUCUCCUGGAGAUGAAGACCCCUGUGCUCUUUGUGAUUGGCCAGAAUUCCAUGCAGUGCAACGUCGAAGCGAUGGAAGAUUUCCGGGAGAAAAUACGAGCCGAUAACAGCAUGGUGGUGGUGGGAGGAGCAGAUGACAAUCUCAGGAUAAGCAAAGCCAAAAAGAAGUCAGAAGGCCUGACCCAGAGUAUGGUGGACAGGUGCAUCCAGGAUGAAAUAGCUGACUUCUUGACUGGAGUCCUCACCCGAGCGGAGAGCCACUUGGGCUCCGAUCCCCGUGACCUGGACGCUGAGAAGAAGAAGAAGCCGCGCGACUCAACGAGGAGGGAUCUGUCGUUUGACUUGCCAGAAAGAACCAGCAGGCCCACCUCGCCGGCUGCCAAAGUGCCUGCCUCACCUUCAGGCUCAGAGGACUUGUCCAGCGUCUCCAGCAGCCCCACGUCAAGCCCCAAGACGAAGGUGGCCGCUGUGGCGUCCAUCCCGAAGCCCGGCCAGAUGGUCACCGCACAGCUGCUGAAGAGGCAGGUGCCGAGGACGGACACUGUCCUGACACACAAGCAGGCACAAGCUCAGUUUGCUGCUUUUCUGAAACAAAACAUGCUGGUGAGGAAAGCUCUUCCUCCUGGCACCUCUUCAUGUCUCUUUG